AUGAACGCCGGACAGCAGACGACUCGCCGGUUGGCCGCGCGAGCGGGACAAUCGAUAUGCCGCUCCUGCAGAGACACCAUCUCGCGCAACACGUACGCAACCGCAGCCGCGCUCGCCUCCACCCCCGAAGACGCCCGCCCGCAACACAUCCCCCCCGUUGGCCAGACCUCGCCUAGCACCUCCUACGCCGUCAACGCCGGCGUCGUCCUCUCCCGCCCGCCGCAACUGACGCGCGACCUGCACCCCUUCGAGGCCGCCUUCUUCCUGUACCAGAAACGCCUCAACGAGCGCCUCGCCCUGCCCUUCACACGCUACUUCUACUUCAAAGCACGCACGCCCGCCGACCGCGAAUGGAAGAGGAAGAUGGCCCAGCGCCUCACGCCCGCCCGCGACAUUGGGCGGUACAAGGGGUACGGCGAGGAGGCAUGGAACGACGAAGUCCUCGUAGGGGCUCAGGAGAGCAGCUUCCAAUGGCAGGUGGACAAGCUGCUGGAGGACGCUGGGACGACGGGCGCAGAGGAGGAGAGCGGUGCUGUGGCUGCGGCGGCGAACGCGGCAAAGGACGAGCGUGAGGCGUUUGAGAGGCCGCCGCCAAGAGAGACAGAAGCGGACCGGAAAAACGACACCAGGAGCUUGAGUCGGGCGCUGCAGAGGACGCUGUAUCUGUUGGUCAAGAACAAGGAGGGGAGGUGGGAGUUCCCGCAGGACAGGCUGAACGACGAGAACCUGCACGGGGCUGCGCAACGCAUCAUCACGCAGUCCGGCGGCGUCAACAUGAACACCUGGCUGGUCGGCCACGUGCCCGUCGGCCACGCACAGCUCGAGUACAAGACGCCGCGCAGCACCGAGACGGGCCUGCAGGAGCAGGGCGCAAAGACCUUCUUCCUCAAGGCGCGCAUCAUGGCCGGCCAGGCCAACCUCAAGGACAACAAGCUCGGCCUGCAGGACUUCCAGUGGCUGCACAAGGACGAGCUGAAGACGGCCGUCGACGGCGACUACUGGCGCCAGAUCAAGAACAUGCUCGCUGAGCGGUAG